CCUGAUCCUCCCCUUCCUCCCGGGGCGCUUUUGAAGAGGCUUUUCCCAACUUUCCAGAAGUUUCUUCCCGACCCCUUAUAUACCCCCGCCGUUGGGACCGCGAGGUGCACAGGGAGCCGCGCAGGGCAGCGCCCCAGCCCGCAGGUCCUCGGAGGCGCCGCUGAAGCCAUGUGGGUUCUCCUGGUCCUUGCUCUCUGCGGCCUCGCUGCCGCCGUGCCCUCGGAGGACAGGAAGCUGAGCGACAAGGCAACAACACUGGCUGACCGCAGCACAACGCUGGCCUUCAACCUCUACCAUGCCAUGGCGAAGGACAAGAACACGGAGAACAUCCUCCUGUCCCCCGUGGUCGUGGCCUCUUCCCUCGGGCUCGUGUCCCUCGGGGGCAAGGCCGCAACCGCAUCCCAAGCCAAGGCGGUGCUCAGUGCGGACAAGCUGAACGAUGACUAUGUCCACAGCGGGUUAUCCGAGCUCCUGAACGAGGUGAGCAACAGCACAGCCCGGAACGUCACCUGGAAGAUCGGGAACCGCUUGUAUGGCCCGGCCUCCAUCAACUUUGCUGAUGACUUUGUGAAGAACAGCAAGAAACACUACAACUACGAGCACUCCAAGAUCAACUUCCGAGACAAGAGGAGCGCCCUGAAAUCCAUUAACGAGUGGGCAGCCCAGACCACGGAUGGGAAACUCCCAGAGGUCACCAAGGAUGUGGAGAAGACUGAUGGAGCCCUCAUCGUCAAUGCCAUGUUCUUCAAGCCUCACUGGGAUGAGAAGUUCCAUCAUAAGAUGGUGGACAACCGUGGCUUCAUGGUGUCCCGUUCCUACACCGUUGGGGUCCCCAUGAUGCACCGUACAGGUCUCUACAAUUACUAUGAUGAUGAGACUGAGAAGCUCCAGGUGGUGGAGAUGCCACUGGCUCACAAGCUCUCCAGCAUGAUCUUCAUCAUGCCAAACCAUGUGGAGCCUCUGGAGAGGGUUGAGAAGCUGCUGAACAGGGAGCAGCUGAAGACCUGGGCUGGCAAGAUGAAGAAGAGAUCAGUGGCCAUCUCACUGCCUAAAGUUGUCCUGGAAGUCAGCCAUGACCUUCAGAAACACUUGGCUGAUCUGGGUCUGACAGAAGCCAUUGACAAAACCAAGGCUGACUUAUCAAAGAUCUCUGGCAAGAAAGACCUUUACCUGUCCAAUGUCUUCCAUGCUGCUGCUCUGGAAUGGGACACGGAAGGGAACCCCUACGAUGCUGACAUCUAUGGCCGAGAGGAGAUGAGGAACCCCAAGCUCUUCUAUGCUGACCACCCCUUCAUCUUCAUGAUCAAGGACAGUAAAACCAACUCCAUCCUCUUCAUUGGCAGGCUCGUGAGGCCCAAAGGAGACAAGAUGCGUGAUGAGUUGUAGUUGGGUUGGGUUUAUCCCCAAGAGCUUUGGUUUGUGUGUUUUUUAGUGGGGGGAUUUCAAAAAAGGGGAAACACUAUUUUGUAUCCUUCUCGAACUAUGGGUGCUAUUCAGACCAGGGUGCAUUGUGAUGAGAAACCAGCAUACACUUUACCUCACCCCAGAAUACCCAUUGCACAGACCCACCUCCAGAGAGGAGCCUGCCACAAGAGGGUCACCAGGAGUGGAAAGGAACUGGCAUGCACCAUCCCAGCUGCGAUGUUGAGGCUGAUGCCUACCUCCUCCUUGCAUUAGUUAAGCCUCCUGCUAAGUACCUUGCUGCUACCACCAGCUCUACAAAGGCACAAGCCCUUCACGCUUCCAUCUCAAAUGCUCCUGCACAUUGAGCUCUCCUGCUUGCUUUUCUCCUCCUUUGCCAUGUGGCACCACACCAAAGCUGCUCAGGUUGCUCUGCAGUUGUUCCUUGCUUCUCUCUUCUAUCCUCAGUGGUAUGUAACAGAGCACAAAGGGGCAGUUCUAAGGUCCAGCCUCUUCUGUGGUCCUGGGAGCUGAGCAGGACCGUGACAGCAUGUAAGAAUGGAGACUGCAUGGAGCUGUGCCUUUCUGUCCUGCCUAACCCUGCUCUGGAUGACUCCAGCUGCAAUAGCUAUCAGCUCCAUAGCUAGAACACUCACUGCAAAGCCAAGCACAGCUUUGCUUAAUGCUUCACGGAGAAGUAAGUGGCUUUGGUGUCUGCUGACACCCUUAAGAGCAGAGCUAGGUCCCUUCAGCACUCCUGCAUCCCAUGGGGAUCACCAGGGGGGCUCUUGGGCUAGCAUCUGGAAUUGAACAUCCUGUACCAUGCAGACAGAGGAACUCCACUCCUCUUGGUGCUUCUGCAUCAGCAGAUGAGGCUGGGAAAGAGUUACCACUGCAAAGGGUAUCCCAGUUACAAGCAGGGCUGGUGGCUGUCAGCUCCUGUUGCAGGUCAGGGGACUCUGCUGGCUUCUCCCAGGGAGCUGGAGGAGGUUCACUUCCACAUAAAUACAAAGCUUUAGAGCUGCCAGUGCCUGACCCUUUUCUGAAGCUCCUCCUCUGCAUGAUGCUUUAGCUCCCUGAUGGCUGUCCUGGGUAACAGCAUGCUGAAAACCAAAUGUAUUUAUAGUUCUACUCUUAUUUAUGUCUGAUAAAGAGCAUGUUUCAUAGCCUACUCCAGCCUAGACUUGGAGGCUGUUCCUAUCUUCUUAAGGGAUAUCAGGUUAAUACUUAAGGAAGUAACUGAUACAAUCCCAUGAGCAUUGAAGUUGCUAUGCACUGAGACACACUGCAAACAAACCGUGACAAGAUGACUGGGAGAAAUCCAUCACAAUCCAAGUGCCAGUUAACUCAAACCAGCAAGGAGCACCACUGCAUUGCUUUUCUCUCCCUUUUAUUUCCCUGCCAAUGUGCUUGCUGUCAGGUUCCUACACAGAAGCCCAAUACUGCAUUCUCCGACCAUAAACAGGACUAUUUCCACUUAUUUAUUAAGUUAAAACCAGCAACUCUCUUAUUAGGUGCUUCCUGCAAGCAAAAAUUGAGCAGCUCAUGCCCCCAAGUUGGACCUGGCCAUGCAUGCUCCAGGUUUGCAAGCUUACACAAGCUUAUCUGCCUUAAUUCCUAUCCAAGCCAGCCAGAAUGGGAGAUUCUUGCCCUUAAGCCCCUUCCCAGCUCAUAUUCCCAGGUGCUUUUUUGGGAGGUAGGAAGCAAUCCACAAGGAUAUACCCAAAUGCACAGCAAGCCUAAAGCCCAGGGUGCAUGGUAGAUGCUACCUGGUGAGAAGCAGCGCACUGAAACCCACAUGCUGGAGGAUUGGGAUUGGAGGGGGGGUAAAGGGGUGGGUAAGGCAGGAACACACUGUGGGAUGUUGUGAAUAAUGUGCAUCAUGUGGAUGCAGGCGUCUGAUGGCUUUUGUUGUCUCUUCUUGUACCACACAGUGACUGUUGUCUAAUUUUGCAAUAAAACUUUUUCAAUGAA